GGACAGCCUCACCCUAGGCUCGCCCGGGGCGAGAGCUACACAUGUGGCUAUAAACCCUUCCGUUGUGAGGUUUGUAACUACUCUACCACUACCAAAGGUAACCUCAGUAUUCAUAUGCAGUCGGACAAGCACCUGAACAACGUGCAGAAUCUCCAAAACGGCACCGGGGAGCAGGUGUUUGGCCACUCGGCCCCAGCCCCCAACAGCAGCCUCGGUGGCUGCGGGACCCCCUCUCCAUCCAAACCUAAGCAGAAACCCACCUGGCGCUGCGAGGUGUGUGAUUACGAGACCAACGUGGCGCGGAACCUGCGGAUUCACAUGACCAGUGAGAAGCACAUGCACAACAUGAUGCUUCUGCAACAGAACAUGAAGCAGAUCCAGCAUAACCUGCACCUGGGCCUCGCCCCUGCUGAGGCCGAGCUGUAUCAGUACUACCUGGCCCAGAACAUAGGCCUGACGGGGAUGAAGUUGGAGAACCCUGGCGACCCACAGCUGAUGCUCAAUCCAUUCCAGCUGGACCCUGCCACGGCGGCCGCUCUGGCCCCGGGACUUGGAGAGCUGUCACCUUAUAUCAGUGACCCAGCGCUGAAGCUAUUCCAGUGUGCUGUUUGCAACAAAUUCACCUCUGACAGCCUGGAGGCCCUAAGCGUGCAUGUGAGCAGCGAGCGCUCUCUCCCUGAAGAGGAAUGGAGGGCUGUAAUUGGAGAUAUCUACCAGUGCAAGCUCUGUAACUACAACACUCAGCUCAAAGCCAACUUCCAGCUUCACUGCAAGACUGAUAAACAUAUGCAGAAAUAUCAACUGGUGGCUCACAUUAAAGAAGGGGGCAAAAGUAAUGAAUGGAGGCUGAAGUGCAUUGCCAUUGGCAACCCCGUUCACCUCAAGUGCAAUGCCUGUGACUACUACACCAACAGCGUGGACAAAUUACGCUUGCACACCACCAAUCACAGGCACGAGGCGGCCCUGAAGCUCUACAAGCACUUGCAGAAGCAAGAGGGUACGGUAAAUCCUGAAUCCUGCUAUUACUACUGUGCCGUAUGCGAUUACUCCACCAAGGUCAAGUUGAACCUGGUACAGCAUGUCCGAUCAGUGAAGCACCAGCAGACCGAGGGCCUACGGAAACUCCAGCUUCACCAACAGGGCCUGGCCCCAGAGGAAGACAACCUCAAUGAGAUCUUUUUGGUAAAAGACUGCCCACCAAAUGAGCUUGAAACUGCCUCUUUGGGAGCUAGGACCUGUGAGGAUGAUCUUACAGAGCAGCAGUUGAGAGCAACCUCAGCAGAAGAACAGAGUGAGGAGACAGAAGGAGCCAUUAAACCUAUAGCUGGGGCUGAUGAGGAUGAGAAAGACACAAGUGAGAGAGACAAUAGUGAAGGCAAGAACUCUAAUAAAGACUCUGGAGUAAUCACACCAGAAAAGGAGCUAAAAGUCAGUGUGGCAGGGGGAACCCAGCCACUCCUGCUGGCAAAAGAAGAGGAUGUGUCAACGAAAAGAUCAAAGCCUACAGAGGACAAUAAAUUCUGUCACGAGCAGUUCUAUCAGUGUCCUUAUUGUAACUACAAUAGUAGGGACCAAAGUCGUAUCCAGAUGCACGUCCUGUCACAGCACUCAGUGCAGCCGGUCAUCUGCUGUCCCCUCUGCCAGGACGUCCUUAGCAACAAGAUGCACCUCCAGCUUCAUCUGACGCAUUUGCACAGUGUGUCUCCGGAUUGCGUGGAGAAGCUGCUUAUGACAGUGCCUGUCCCUGAUGUGAUGAUGCCCAACAGCUUGCUACUGCCAGCAGCUGCCUCUGAGAAGUCAGAGAGGGACACACCUGCAGUCAUCACAGCUGAGGGGGCUGGGAAAUAUUCAGGUGACAGUCCAAUGGAUGACAAAAGUAUGGCGGGUCUCGAUGAUUCAAAGGCUAGUGUGGAAAUAAAGAGUGAGGAGCAGAAACCAACUAAAGAAGCCACAGAAGUGUCGGAAUGGAAUAAAAAUAGCAGUAAGGAUAUGAAAAUCUCCGACACACUGCAAGAUCAGUUAAGUGAACAGCAGAAAAGGCAACCACUCUCUGUCUCAGACCGCCACGUUUACAAGUAUCGCUGUAACCAUUGUAGCUUGGCCUUUAAGACUAUGCAGAAGCUUCAGAUACAUUCCCAGUAUCAUGCGAUUCGGGCCGCCACUAUGUGUAACCUGUGCCAGCGUAGUUUCCGUACAUUCCAGGCUUUAAAAAAACACUUGGAAGCAGGCCACCCCGAACUGAGUGAAGCCGAACUUCAACAGCUGUAUGCCUCCUUGCCCGUGAAUGGGGAACUAUGGGCAGAGAGUGAACCUAUGGCCCAGGAGGACCAUGCCCUAGAGCAGGAAAUGGAGAGAGAGUAUGAGGUGGACCAUGAAGGGAAGGCAAGUCCUGUAGGCAGUGACAGCAGUUCUAUUCCAGAUGACAUGGGCUCUGAACCAAAGCGGACCUUACCUUUUAGAAAAGGGCCAAAUUUUACAAUGGAAAAAUUCCUCGAUCCAUCUCGCCCAUAUAAGUGUACCGUAUGUAAAGAGUCGUUCACCCAGAAGAACAUUCUCCUGGUCCAUUAUAACUCAGUAUCUCACCUGCACAAGUUGAAAAAGGUUUUGCAGGAAGCCUCCAGCCCUGUCCCUCAAGAAACCAACAACAGCCCAGAUAACAAACCCUACAAGUGCAGCAUCUGCAACGUUGCGUAUAGCCAAAGCUCGACCUUGGAAAUCCACAUGAGGUCUGUGCUCCACCAGACAAAGGCGAGGGCAGCAAAGCUGGAGCCCGGCGGUGGUCAUGCACCCGGUGGGCACGGAGUGGCAACCAGCAUUAACAGUCCCAGCCAAGGGAUGUUAGAUUCCAUUAGUUUAGCAGCAGUAGGCAGCAAAGAUACCCACUUAGAUGCCAAAGAAUUAAAUAAAAAGCAAAAUCCGGAAUUGAUCUCUGCUCAACCUACACAUCACCCACCGCAGUCACCAGCACAAAUUCAGAUGCAGCUGCAGCACGAAUUGCAACAGCAGGCAGCCUUCUUUCAGCCUCAGUUUCUCAACCCUGCCUUUUUGCCCCAUUUUCCUAUGACCCCAGAAGCUCUGCUGCAGUUUCAGCAGCCUCAGUUUCUCUUUCCCUUCUACAUCCCUGGGGCGGAGUUCAGCUUGGGGCCGGAUCUGGGCUUGCCAGUAGGCUCUGCCACCUUUGGCAUGCCAGGCAUGACGGGAAUGGCUGGGUCCCUGCUUGAAGAUUUGAAGCAGCAGAUUCAAAGCCAACAUCACGUUGGCCAAACUCAACUGCAGAUUCUCCAGCAGCAAGCACAACAGUAUCAGGCCACACAGCCCCACCUGCCAUCUCAAAAGCCGCAGCCACAGCCACAACAGCAACAACAGCAGCAGCAGCAGCAGCAGCAGGCCAGCAAGUUAUUGAAACAAGAGCAAACCACCGUGGCCAGUGCCGACUGCCCCAUCGUGAAGGACGUACCCUCUUACAAGGAGGCAGAAGAGAUGGCCGAGAAGCAAGACAAGCCAAAGCAAGAAUGUGUAAGUGAAGGCGAAGGGCUCAAAGAAAGCAAAGACCUCGGAAAGAAGCCGAAGUCCUCGGAACCAUCCAUCCCGCCGCCCCGCAUCGCUUCAGGGGCCCGAGGAAAUGCAGCCAAAGCGUUACUGGAAAACUUCGGUUUUGAACUGGUCAUUCAGUACAACGAGAACAGGCAGAAGGUACAGAAGAAGGGCAAGAGUGGGGAAGGCGAAAGCACGGAGAAGCUGGAAUGCGGGACGUGUGGGAAGUUGUUCUCCAACGUUCUCAUUCUAAAGAGUCACCAGGAGCAUGUACACGGCCAGUUUUUUCCAUACGGAGCGCUAGAAAAAUUUGCCCGUCAGUACAGGGAGGCCUAUGACAAGCUUUAUCCCAUUUCUCCAUCUUCUCCGGAAACGCCACCUCCCCCACCUCCACCGCCUCCCUUGCCUCCGGCUCCUCCGCAGCCUCCUUCUCUGGGGCCAGUGAAACUGCCCAGCGCGGUUUCCACCCCACUCCAGGCCCCAGCGCCCACUCCCCCGCCACCUCCACCCCCGCCCCCGCCCCCUCCUCCGCCUCCCCCGCCACCACCCCCUUCUGCACCCCCGCAGGUCCAGCUGCCAGUAUCUCUGGAUCUUCCCCUCUUUCCGUCCAUCAUGAUGCAGUCGGUGCAACAUCCCGCCCUCCCGCCCCAGCUCGCCCUACAGCUGCCUCCAAUGGACACACUCUCGGCGGACCUCACCCAGCUCUGCCAGCAGCAGCUUGGCUUGGAUCCCAACUUCCUGAGGCACUCGCAGUUCAAACGCCCGAGGACAAGAAUUACGGACGACCAGCUGAAAAUCCUGAGGGCUUACUUUGACAUCAACAAUUCUCCGAGUGAAGAACAGAUCCAGGAAAUGGCAGAGAAGUCUGGCCUCUCCCAGAAGGUUAUCAAGCACUGGUUUCGAAACACGCUUUUUAAGGAGCGGCAGAGAAAUAAGGAUUCACCCUACAACUUCAGUAACCCUCCCAUAACGGUUUUGGAAGAUAUCAGAAUGGACCCCCAGCCCUCCUCCCUAGAACAUUACAAAUCAGACACAUCCUUCAGUAAAAGGUCUUCCAGGACCAGGUUUACUGACUACCAGCUUCGGGUUCUUCAAGACUUUUUUGACACCAACGCUUACCCAAAAGAUGAUGAAAUCGAACAACUUUCCACCGUUCUCAAUCUCCCCACCCGGGUUAUCGUUGUCUGGUUCCAGAAUGCUCGGCAGAAGGCGCGGAAGAGUUAUGAGAAUCAAACAGAGACAAAAGACAACGAAAAAAGAGAACUCACAAAUGAGCGGUACAUCCGAACGAGCAACAUGCAAUACCAGUGUAAAAAGUGCAGUGUGGUUUUCCCCAGGAUCUUCGACUUGAUCACGCAUCAGAAAAAGCAGUGUUACAAGGAUGAAGAUGAUGACGCCCAAGAUGAGAGCCAAACUGAAGACUCCAUGGACGCCACAGAUCAGGUGGUGUAUAAGCAUUGUUCAGUGCCUGGCCAGACCGAAGCAGCCAAAACCGCUCCUGCCCCUGCUGGGGGCUCGGCUUCUGGGACCAGCACCCCCCUGAUCCCAUCACCCAAACCGGAACCGGAAAAGACGUCUCCAAAGCCCGAGUAUCCCACAGAAAAGCCAAAGCCGGGUGACCCCUCGCCCCACCCUCAAGGCACCAAACCAGCCCUGCCGUCAGCAUCUUCUUCCUCGGACCCACCACCGCCGCCGCCGGCCUCAGCCGCUCAGCCCCAGCCACCCAAACCGCCCCAACUCCUGGGACGACCUCCCUCGGCUUCUCAGACCCCCGUCCCUUCCAGUCCGCUGCAGAUUUCCAUGACUUCUCUCCAGAACAGUCUACCUCCACAGUUACUUCAGUACCAAUGUGAUCAGUGUACAGUUGCCUUCCCUACCUUGGAACUCUGGCAGGAGCAUCAGCACAUGCACUUCCUGGCUGCUCAGAACCAAUUCCUUCACUCCCCGUUCCUGGAACGGCCCAUGGACAUGCCCUACAUGAUAUUUGACCCUAACAAUUCCCUGAUGACCGGACAGCUGCUCGGUGGUCCUCUCACACAGAUGCCCCCGCAGACAGCUUCCUCCCACCCCGCAGCCCCGGCCACCGUGGCCGCUUCCCUUAAGAGGAAACUGGAUGAGAAGGAAGAGAGCAACUGCAGUGAGAAGGAAGGUGGAAACAGUGGGGAGGACCAACACCGUGAUAAGCGCUUGAGGACCACCAUUACUCCGGAACAACUGGAAAUUCUCUAUGAAAAAUACCUACUGGAUUCCAACCCCACCCGGAAAAUGCUCGAUCACAUCGCGCGGGAAGUGGGGCUGAAGAAAAGGGUCGUGCAGGUCUGGUUCCAGAAUACAAGAGCGCGAGAAAGAAAAGGUCAGUUCCGGGCAGUGGGUCCAGCACAAUCGCAUAAACGCUGUCCUUUCUGCCGAGCCCUGUUCAAGGCCAAGUCAGCCUUAGAAAGCCACAUUCGCUCCCGGCACUGGAACGAAGGUAAGCAGGCAGGUUACAGCUUGCCACCAAGCCCUUUAAUAUCCGCCGAAGAUGGUGGAGAUAGCCCGCAGAAAUACAUUUAUUUUGAUUAUCCAUCUUUGCCAUUAACAAAAAUCGAUCUCUCGAGUGAGAAUGAGUUGGCUUCUACAGUGUCGACACCUGUUAGCAAGACGGCAGAACUGUCACCGAAGAAUCUCUUAAGCCCUUCUUCUUUCAAAGCGGAAUGUUCUGAGGAUGUAGAGAAUUUAAACGCCCCUCCUGCUGAGGCUGGGUAUGAUCAAAAUAAAACUGAUUUUGAUGAGACUUCGUCCAUUAAUACAGCGAUCAGUGACGCCACCACCGGAGACGAGGGAAACGCAGAAAUGGAAAGCACCACCGGAAGUUCCGGAGAGGUGAAGCCAGCUUUGUCUCCUAAAGAGGGGAAAACUCUCGACGCUUUGCCAAAAACAGCGACCACCCCCACCACAGAGGUCUGUGAUGAGAAGUUUCUCUUCUCGCUCACGAGUCCCUCGAUACCUUUCAGUGAUAAAGAUGGUGACCACGACCAAAGCUUUUAUAUCACGGAUGACCCCGAUGACAAUGCCGACCGCAGUGAAACGUCUAGCAUAGCUGACCCCAGUUCACCAAAUCCAUUCGGCUCCAGCAAUCCGUUCAAAUCCAAAAGUAAUGACCGACCAGGUCACAAGCGUUUCAGAACCCAGAUGAGCAAUCUCCAACUCAAGGUUCUCAAGGCUUGCUUCAGUGACUACCGAACUCCAACCAUGCAAGAAUGUGAGAUGCUAGGGAAUGAGAUCGGUCUGCCCAAACGUGUGGUCCAGGUGUGGUUCCAGAAUGCAAGGGCAAAGGAAAAGAAAUUUAAAAUUAACAUAGGGAAGCCUUUCAUGAUCAAUCAAAGUGGAACGGAAGGCGCCAAACCAGAGUGUACCCUCUGUGGGGUGAAGUACUCUGCCCGCUUGUCCAUCAGAGAUCAUAUUUUCUCCAAACAGCACAUUUCCAAAGUGAGGGAGACCGUUGGGAGUCAGCUUGAUCGGGAGAAAGAUUACUUGGCUCCCACUACCGUUAGACAGCUGAUGGCUCAGCAAGAACUUGACCGUAUAAAGAAGGCUUCAGACGUGCUGGGAUUAGCAGUACAGCAGCCAAGCAUGAUGGACAGCAGCUCCCUCCAUGGCAUCAGUCUGCCCGCAGCCUACCCAGGACUCCCGGGCCUCCCCCCAGUCCUUCUCCCUGGAAUGAACGGUCCAUCCUCCUUGCCUGGAUUUCCACAAAAUUCAAACACGUUAACACCGCCAGGUGCAGGCAUGCUUGGGUUUCCUACUUCAGCUACUUCGUCUCCUGCCCUGUCUCUCAGCAGCGCCCCCACCAAACCUCUGCUGCAGACUCCAGCACCUCCGCCACCCCCUCCUCCGCCUCCACCACCACCACCACCCUCUCUGUCAGGACAGCAGACCGAGCCGCAGAACAAAGACUCUGAGAAAAAGCCAACAAAGCCAAACAAG